UAGUGGUUUAUCAUCAAGUCGACUCUUGAAAAAAAAAAAUCAAGUCAACUGUAUUUAAUUGGUUUUUUUAUAAUUACUAAAAAUGAAAAUAAAAUUGGAAAAGAAAAGAAAAGGUGAGGAAAGGGUUUAUAAAAAAAGGAUAAUGGAAAAACAAUACCGCAUCCCCAAAGUCCAUUCCACGUGCUUGGAGUCUCUGCGUGUGUAUGCGUUAAGUCUGUGUGUGUGUGGAGACUCUCUCUCUCUAAACUGAGUCUGUCUGCCCCUCCCAGUUUUUACUAUAUAAACACCAAAGCAAUGAGUAGACGAAGACAGCAACUUUUAUUUUUGUAAGCUUGAACUUAAGCUGAGCAGAGCAAAGCAGAGGUUUAUCAAAUUGAAAUUUCUCUUCCCCAUCCAAAUUCGUUCAUUCAUUCACCCCAUUAACACCCACCAGUUUCUCUCUGUAUUCCUCAUUUUUUGGCCCACAAAGACUUCUUACAUUGAGGAAUCAAGAUCUCAUAGGCUGCUCAGAAUCCCCUUUAAAGUCAUAUGGGGAUUUCUUUUUCGUGCCCAUUUGCGGAUGAUAUUGAUUUAGAGAAUGGUUUUGAAUCUGUCACUGUUAAAUCCAUCAGUUUUGGAGAUGAUGGAGUGAAAACUCCAGCUCGAUCCGUCAGCUUCAAUGGCCGGGACUCAGAACCCACCAUAUUGCAAUCAAUAGGUUCUGGAAAGAUGAUGAUUGAAGGAUCUGUUAGCUUUAAAGCAAGUGAACUCAAAGCAAAGAUCUCAUUUAAAGCUCCUUCAUCAAAAGAAAAGGAUGUGUGCAUCACAUCUAGUGGUGAUGAUUGCAUAUAUUUAGAUAAUCAAUCACCAAGCUCAAAUUGGGUGCCGGAGAAAAACACGAAAUUGCCCGUAUUGGAUGCAAGCAACCCCAAACAUGAGGCUGCGAUAAAAUUGCAGAAAGUAUACAAAAGCUUUCGAACAAGGCGAAAGCUAGCAGACUGUGCAGUUCUCAUAGAGCAAAGCUGGUGGAAGCUCUUAGAUUUUGCAGAACUAAAGCGAAGUUCUAUAUCAUUUUUUGAAAUUGAGAAACAUGAGACAGCCAUUUCACGAUGGUCGAGAGCAAGAACCCGUGCUGCCAAGGUUGGAAAAGGCUUAUCGAAGAAUGGUAAAGCCCAGAAACUUGCUUUACAACAUUGGCUCGAGGCUAUUGAUCCACGACAUCGUUAUGGACACAAUCUCCAAUUCUAUUAUGUUAAUUGGCUGCACUGUCAAAGCAAAGAACCCUUCUUCUACUGGCUAGACAUAGGCGAAGGAAAGGAGGUGAAUCUUCUUGAUAAAUGUCCUCGGUUAAAACUUCAGCAGCAGUGCAUCAAGUAUCUUGGUCCGAUGGAAAGGAAGACUUAUGAAGUUGUAGUGGAGGAUGGAAAGCUCUUGUACAAGCAAACAGGAGAGCUCCUUGACACCACUGGCCCAAGGGAUGUUAAGUGGAUUUUUGUCCUCAGCACAUCUAUGACCUUAUAUGUUGGCAAGAAAAAGAAAGGCACAUUUCAGCAUUCUAGCUUCUUGGCCGGAGGAGCAACAUCCGCAGCUGGGAGAUUAGUUGUUGAAAACGGCAUCAUUAAGGCAGUUUGGCCUCACAGUGGCCAUUAUAUGCCAACACCAGAAAAUUUUGAGGACUUUAUUUCAUUCCUCAAAGGGAACAAUGUGGAUCUCACCAAUGUUAAGAUGGAUCCAGUGGAUGAAGAAGAAUCCAUUGGCAAGCAUAGCAUUGUUUUCCUGAGAAGCAGCACAUCUGAAGAAGACUUGACCGAAAGGGAUGGAAUGGAGACCGAAGAGAUAGAUGUCAAGGACUUGACUUCAGAGAAAACCAUUUCAACUGAAGAAGAGACUGCUGCUGUGUUAGAACCACCAAUGUCAAGGCUGUCUAGCUGCCUUAGUAGAAAAUUGACUGAUCUUAAAAUACCAAACAAGGGUGAUUUGUUUGAGAAAUUAGAGAGUGAGAACCAAGCUGUUGAAUCAAGCAUUAACGGAUUCACAGUGGAAUCAUCAUUGGAUGGUUAUGUAAUAGAGGAAGAGUCGUAUUCUCCCAAACAAGUUCUUCAAAAGCAGAACUUGUCUGAUGAAGAAGAUGAAGAAACUAAAGAAGAGACUAUCCCAGAAGAAUCUAUUCUUCAAAGGAUUAAUUCUCAUAAAGGAAUGAAGUCAUAUCAAUUGGGGAAGCAACUGUCUUCCAAAUGGACAACAGGUGCUGGGCCCAGAAUUGGCUGUUUGAGUUACUACCCCUCGGAGCUCCAGUUCCGUGCUCUGGAACAAGCAAACUUGUCUCCAAGAAGUGCUAGCUGCCUUAGAUCGAACCUCUCUCCUCGUGUACACACACUAACCAGUUAUGGUGGAGAAAUGCUGUCAGCCACCGGCUCACCUACUCCAGAUAAAGCAAAUUUGCCUCAAAGAAACAUUAGGCAUCAUGGUUUACAGUCCUCUCCAUUGUGUAAAGGAACCUUAGUUACUGCAACCACCUUGUAGUCAUGUGCGCGCAUGAAUUCUUUGAUUAAUUCAUUCUUUUGUAUGCAUAGAAGAGAUUGUAUAGGAAUUCUUUGUAUUAAUUUUUUUUUUUUUUUUUUUUUUUUUUUUUUUUUUUUUUUUUUUUUUAAUUUAUAUU